AUGACAGACGUUCAUAUUAGAGCUGCUAAUAUCAUUGAAGACCUUAGUGGUGGUCAAGAUAUUAUUCAAGAAAAUUUUUCUGGUCCUAUAGUUACAAAUAAUCAUAAUGCAAGUUCCUCUUCGGUGGUAGUUGUCAUUCCGGUGCGUGGAAUGACUUGCCAAUCCUGUGUAAGCUCCGUUACAAAUGUACUUUCAAUACUAGCCGGAGUAUCCAAUGUCGUCGUUAGUCUGGAAAAAGCAGAAGCUAAUGUCACAUAUGAUGCUAGCAAAGUAAGCAAAGCUCGGAUUAUUGAAACGAUUGAAAAAGCUGGGUUCAAAACUUCUCCAGAAAAAAAGCAGAAUCCUGAUAUUCCCUCUAGCAAUUUAUCGAUUACUUUACCUAUCAAAGGAAUGAGCUGUAUGUCUUGCGUAAAUUCAAUUACGAAAGCUCUGAGUUCUACACCUGGAAUAAUUAAUGUUAUUGUCAGUUUACAGGAUAAUAAUGCUUUAAUAGAAUAUAAUUCCGCCAUAAUCUCUCAAGAUAAAAUUGUAGAAUGUAUCAAAAAUGCUGGAUUUACUGUUCCAUUGGAUUUAAAUGACGAUGAGGCAAUAAAAUCAAUAACGUUACCAGUAAAGGGAAUGUCAUGUAAUUCUUGUGUCAACAAAAUAACGAAUGCUCUAAAGUCAAUUUCGGGUAUUAAAAACGUAGUAGUCAAUUUAAUAGAUGAAAAUGCUCUCGUCGAAUAUGAUGAUAAAUUAAUCGACGAAAAUCAAAUUAUAGAAGCAAUUAAAAAAUGUGGAUUUAAAGUUCCUGUAACAUCUUCUGAUUCAUGUCAAAAAGAACCAUUAAUCACGGAAUUUGCAGCAUUCACUGACAUUACCUUAAAAGGUUUACCAGAAGAACUUUAUCCUCUCGAGAAUAUAAAGUCCGAUCAGUUUGAAUUCGAAAAAAUAAAAACUAUCCAAAUACAAAUAUCUGGAAUGACGUGUGCAUCAUGUGUCAAUAAUAUAGAGAAGCACUUGAAAGUUGUUCCGGGAAUAUCAUCGAUCACAGUAUCUUUACUUUCUGAGAAAGCAACUGUAAAAUAUGAUCCUGAUAUAUUAGAUGAAUUUAAGAUAGCUGGAAUGAUUGACGACAUUGGAUUUAUUGCAACUCCCAUUAAACAAAAACGAGAAGAUACCGUUGAACUUCAAAUAUUUGGAAUGCAAGAUCCUUCUAAUGCUGAUGUAAUAGAGAUGGAAUUAAGUAAAGUAUCUGGAAUUCUAAGUGUUUCCGUAAAUUAUGACACAUCAGCAAUGACAGUUCAAUUUGAUAAGGAGGUGUUGGGUGUUCGAGACAUUGUAAAUUGUAUAGAAGAUUUUGGGGUAAAUGCUUUAAUUAAUGAUAAUAGCAAAAAAAAUCAAUUAGAAUCUUUGGCUCGUACUAAAGAUAUUACUGAAUGGCGAUCAGCAUUCCGUAAAUCUCUUAUGUUUGCAAUUCCAGUAUUUCUUAUUUCAAUGGUUUUUCCUCAAUUCUGGUGGGGUUCGGCUUUAGUAGAUAUAGAACUAAUCCAUGGUUUAUAUAGUGGAGACCUCAUCUCUCUUAUUUUAACGAUUCCAGUUCAAUUUGGGAUUGGACAAAGAUUUUAUAUAACAUCAUAUAAAUCCUUGAAACAUAAGGGUGCCACCAUGGAUGUAUUAAUAGUACUUGGCACGACUUCAGCUUUUGUAUUUUCAUGUUGUUCGAUGCUCUUUGCGUUAUGCUCUCCUGAUAAUGGAAAACCGUCCGUAUUUUUUGAUACUUCAACUAUGUUAAUAACAUUUGUUUCUCUUGGUCGAUAUUUGGAAAACUUAGCUAAGGGUAAAACUUCCGUAGCUUUAUCAAAAUUAAUGUCUCUUACACCUUCUAAUGCCGUAAUAUAUAUAAAAGAUCCUAAAACUGGUGAUAUUAUUGAAGAAAAAAAGAUUCCCACCGAAUUAAUUCAAAUGGGAGAUAUCGUAAAAAUUGUACCAGGUAAUAAAAUUCCUGCAGAUGGUAUAGUUACUUCUGGUAGUUCAACUGUGGAUGAAUCAAUGGUUACUGGAGAAGUUAAUCCCGUUAACAAGAAACUAGGUGAUUUAGUGAUUGGUGGUACAGUAAAUGGAUUAGGAUCUUUUGAAAUGGAAGUUUCUCGUUCUGGAAAUGAUACUGCAUUAUCUCAAAUUGUCAAGCUUGUUGAAGAAUCACAAUCCUCAAAGGCACCAAUUCAAGAAUUUGCGGAUAAAGUUGCUGGAUAUUUUGUGCCAGUAGUCAUACUUUUGGGAAUUUUGACAUUCUUCGGUUGGAUGUUUCUCACUCAAAUUAUGAAUCCUCUUCCAGAUGUCUUUAAAGAUGGUAGUUAUUUUAUGGUUUGUCUCAAAUUAUGUAUUUCCGUAAUUGUUGUAGCAUGUCCUUGCGCUCUUGGCCUUAGUACUCCAACAGCUGUAAUGGUUGGUACAGGAGUAGGUGCUCAAAAUGGUAUAUUAAUCAAAGGAGGUGUUCCACUUGAAGCAGGGCAUAAAAUAUCAAAAGUAGUAUUUGAUAAAACUGGAACUUUGACUAAAGGUUUAUUAGAAGUCUCUCAUUUCGAAAUAACGAAAAAUAGUUUAGAUUUGAAUAAAGAAAUUUUCUUUACUAUUAUUGGUGCCGCUGAAUCAUUAAGUGAGCAUCCUUUAGGCAGAGCAAUAUAUAAUUAUAGCAAAAAUCUUAUGGAAGUUGAGACAAUUUCUGCUCAAGUUAAUGACUUUGAGGCAUAUAGUGGGUUGGGUGUAAAAUGUACUGUUAUUUUAAACACUAAUUCUAAUCCUUCAACAUCAACCACAAAUGUCGAUUCGAAACAUUACGAUGUUUUAAUUGGGAAUGCACAAUUUCUUUCUAAAAAUGUCUCAGUUCCUGAAUCUGCUAUAGUUAUAAAGGAAACUCAAGAACGUCUUGGACGUACUACUGUAUUAGUAUCUAUGAAUAAUGAAUUUAUUGGAUCCGUAUUUUUAUCAGAUGCUAUAAAACCGGAAUCCAAAAUAACUGUCGGAGCAUUAAAUUGUAUGGGUAUUUCAGUUGCGAUGGUCACUGGAGAUCAAUUACUUACAGCACAAGCAAUAGCAGCACAAUGUGGAAUUACUGAAAUUCACGCUGGAGUUUCUCCUAAAGGUAAAAUGCAAAUAAUUCAAUCACUUCAAUUUGAAGGUAAAAGGAACGUGGUGGCAAUGGUUGGAGAUGGUGUAAAUGAUUCACCAGCACUUGCCGCUGCAGAUGUAGGAAUUGCACUUUGUUCCGGAACGGAUAUUGCUAUAGAAGCAGCAGAUGUUAUACUUAUGCGUCCAGAUAUUACUGAUGUAGUAGCAGCAAUUGAUUUAUCACGAACAACAUUUUAUAGAAUUCGAUUGAAUUUCAUAUGGGCAUGUUUAUACAAUGUUGUUGGCAUUCCAUUAGCCAUGGGAAUUUUUCUCCCAUGGGGAUAUCAUUUACAUCCAAUGAUGGCAGGAGCGGCAAUGGCAUGUUCAAGUGUUAGUGUUGUUUGUUCAAGUUUACUUUUAAGAUGGUGGCGUAAACCAAUUUGGAUAGAUAAUGGUGAUGGUGGAGUAGAGAGAAUUAAAGAUAACUAUGGUUUCUUUAAUUCAAUUUGGGCAACAGUUAAACAAGGUCCAUCAAUGUCUCGUAGUGGAGCUGGACAAGGAUAUAGGCGAUUGGCUGCUGAAGAGGACAUAUAA